AUGUAUUCUUCAUAUUCCUACUCAACUAGUCCAUCCAAUGGCAUGCCUGUCACUUCUUUCCCUACCAGUAGUACAACCACUGAUCUUCAUUUAUCACCUGUUUCUUCUUCAUGUCCUCAAAAACCUGAUAUCGAUGAUGAAAUUGAUACUAUCCUAAUCAAUAGUGACUCUCAAGCAUGUAAUGAGAAUCUCUCCACUUUCAUAAAAUGUAUAAUCGAUAAAGUAUAUCUAUCACAAGAUGAAUCAGACGAUGAAAGUAUAAUAAGUGAUGGUAAUGGAACUAGUACUCAUCAAAAGAAUUAUCAUAAACUUUCAAUGUAUGCUCUUAAACUAGUCAAUCUGAAUCUAUUCAUUAAGAACUAUCGUUUCUGUAUUGGAAAACUAUUGGCAUUCUUAUCUACUUUCACAUCAUGGACAGAAUAUAAUGUUAUAAGUAAUGAUAGUGAAGAAGUUGAUGAUAGAGUUAAACAAGAAAGUGAAUGUUUAAAAGAAUUUCUUUGUAUUAUAUUACUUGUAUUAUUAAAACUUAAGAAUAGUGCUAAUUCAAAUGAAUCAAAUAUUAAUAUUGAUCAAGAUUCUCAAAUUAACCUUAUAGAAACUGAAGAUUUAUUUAAUGCAUUUAAAGAAUAUGAUUUCAUUACUAUAAUAUCCAAUUUCAUUUCAGUUCAUGUUACAGCCUUAGAUCAACAAAAGACCACCUUUGUAUUAUUUAAAUUCAGUUGUGAUAUAUUUUUCGAAUAUUUGUAUUAUACAGAAUUAUUAACCGAUGAUGAAUUUUCAUGUUUAACCACUGAUACUCAAGUUAUACCGACAUUAAUCAAAUACCUUUUAUCCAAUGAAAAUUUCAGUAAUUAUGAUAUUGAUGGAGAUGAUUUUGAAGAUGAAGAUAAAUUAAUUGCUUAUGAAGAAUUCAAAUUAUUAUUAUUAAUCAAUGAACAAUAUUUAAUGAAAUCUUAUCUGAAUUCAAAUAUUCAAAAUAAAGUAUUUAAUGGAUUAAUGAAAGGUGAUAGUGAAGAUGUUUCACCCAAUACUAAUCAUGCUAAUAUUGCUGGAUUCAUCAAUCUUUUAAUUUAUUAUCUUAAUCGUGAAGAAUCUCAAAUCAUAAAGAUUUUAAUCUUAAAAUUCCUUUAUCUUGUAUUCACUACAUCAUAUACUACAAGAUUAGUUUAUUUAAAUGAUUUAAAAAUCUUAAUUGAUAUUUUUAUUCGAGAAUUGAAUAAUAUGGAUUUUAGAGGUAAAUCAGGUAAUGAAAAUAGAUUCUUAGCCAUUACUUAUUUAAAAGUAAUGUAUCCUUUAUUAAUGUUUUCUCAAGUUAGUGAUUUACAUGAAGGAUAUAAAAAUAAUGAUAUUUAUGAAUUAUUUGAGAAUUUAAUUCUUAAUUGUCGUGAUAAUGAAAUGAUUGAAGAUCUGGUUCGUUGUGAACAAGAGGAAGUUAUUCGAAAAUUAUCCAAGAAAUGUAUGUCUAUAAAUUGGUUAAAAUUAUCUCGAAAGAGAUCUUCUCCAUCUUCAUCAUCACCUGCAAGUCAUAAUUCAACUUCAUCAUCUUUGACUUCAUUGAACAAUAGUAAUAACAACACCACCAAUAAUAAUAAUAAUAAAGGCACAGAUGAAGUAUCUAAUGCUUCAACGGAUUCUAUCGUGGCUAUGGCAAGAGUUGCAUCAGUAAGAACUUCAAGUAGAAGUGAUUAUCAUAAACAUACCACAUCUCAUAAUAUUCAAGACUAUAGAAAGAACUCUCAAGAUCAAAGCCAUAAGAGUACUAAUGAUGGACCAUCAUUAUAUCGAACUAAUAAUAAUAAUGUUUUCCUUGAUAAACAAUUUGAUAAAUUAAAACUUAAUGAUAAUAAUAAUGUUAGCCAAUAUUCACCAUGGUUAGAAAAACAAUUAAACGAAGGAAAUAAUAAACCUAUUGAUGAAGUUGAUGAUAAUGAACAAGUCCAACAACAAGAAGAAGAAGAACAAAUUCCAUGUAAUAAUAUCUUAGAUUUACCAGUUGAAUAUUUAAAAUCUAAAAAAUUACCAAAAGUUCCUAUUCCAGUUAAAGCAGUGAAUCGAGAAUUAUAUAAACAUAAAUCAAAUUCAUCAUCGUCAGUGAAUUCAUUGAAUCUGGCAGGAGGUCAAAGGUAUAAGAAAUCUCCACCACCUCCACCCCCACCUCCAUCACCAUAUUAUAAUGGUAGUUAUCCGAUUGAUAUAGUUUCUCGAUCAUCUCCUAUAACUUCUAAACAUGGUACACCUCCACCACCACCACCUCCUCCCCCAAGACGCAGGCGUUAA